AUGCGCUUUUCACUUCUGGCCUGUCUGGCCUCUCUGGCCUCUUGCAUCUCAGCCACUGCCUUGACCUAUCGCCUCGAUGCCAACGAGAAGGCAUGCUUCUUCACCAAUGUUGACCAAAGCAAUGCCAAGGUGGCAUUCUACUUUGCGGUCCAAUCCGGUGGUUCAUUCGAUGUUGACUUUGUUGUGACUGCGCCUGGAGAUAAGGUCGUUCUGGAGGGCACCAAGGAGCGACAGGGCGACUUCGUGUUUACUGCUCAGAGCAUUGGCGAGUACACGUUCUGCUUCAAUAACGAAAUGUCAACCUUCGCCGAGAAGAUGGUCGAUUUCGAGAUCGCUGUCGAGAACGAGCAGCGUGCUCAGCUCCCCUCUCGCCAGGGCGCUAGCCCCGAACAAACUUCCAGUCUUGAGGAAUCCAUCUACAAACUCUCCGCACAGCUGUCCACCAUUUCCCGCAACCAAAAGUACUUCCGUACACGUGAAAACCGUAACUUCAGUACUGUCCGCAGCACCGAGCGUCGGAUCUUCAACUUCAGCGUUAUCGAGAGUCUGAUGAUGGUGUCGAUGGCCGGCUUGCAGGUCUUUGUCGUGCGGUUCUUCUUCCAGGGCGCACGGAAAGGUACGUUUUAA